AUGGGCGAUGGCAAAUAUUGUCAUUUUGGCCUUGUUGUCGGCCUGCAGUAUGAGCUGAAGGGGCGCCGGGAUUUGACUGACGAGAUUCACGUCAACGUCAACGUUGACGGCCUACCGCUCACCAAGAGCACAAAGCAUCAAUUUUGGCCGAUCUUGUGCCAUGUGAAAAACUACAAGUGCAAUCCAUUCCCAAUCGGCGUGUUCUACGGCACCUCAAAGAAUAUUUCUGCGAAUACUUUCCUCGAGCACUUUGUGUCUGAGAUGAUUGAAGUGCUGAUUAAUGGAGUGCUGAUAGAUGGCAGAAUUAUACAAGCCAAGCUUGCCGGACUGAUUUGUGACGCUCCGGCAAAAGCUUACGUCUUUGGAGUCAAGGGGCACAACGCGUAUUAUGGCUGUACCAAAUGCACAACCGAGGGCACAUACCAAAAUGGCCGUGUUUGCUAUCCGGAGCUAGAUGCUGCGCUUAUGACUGAUGAAGGUUUUCGUAAUCAACUACACGAAGAUCACCACAUUAAUGAAACAAUACUAAAGGACCUGCCAAUUGAUUUAGUCAAAAUUGUCCCAGAGGAGUACAUGCAUCUGGUGUUGCUCGGAGUGGUCCACAAACUCCUUGUACUUUGGUUCAAGGGUGAUAAAGCAUAUCGCCUUGGAAGCUCUGUGAGGGAUCAAAUUUCAGUGGAGUGCCUGAAAGUAGAACCGCAUAUCAGGGAAGGAUAA